AUGCUGGCAAAUAAAUUGAUCGAAAAAGGAGAUUGGAUUCAUUAUAUUCAUACAGAUUCUGAAGCAAGCUCAAUUGGAAGGAGGAAUAGGGCACUAGACCCACUUUUACAGGCAACGAGGGUCGGCAUUCUUGAGGUGGUAAUGGCAAUCCUAAACAAAUAUCCAGAAGCUGCAGAUUUGUUUGAUGAGAAUGGGAGGAACAUACUACACAUAUCGGUCGAGCAAAAGCAUGGAUUUAUCUAUGAUUACUUAAUGAAUUUUGUUGCUUACAAGGAUAGGAUGUUAGCAGAUAUUGAUUUCCGAGGGAACACUAUCUUGCAUCUGGCGACGUGCGUAGGAAAUCCUACUAGGUCUCCUUCUGGACUAGCAAGAAAUCAAUUGGUAGAUGAUGUUGAGGGUCGAUGGAACACUGAUUUGCAUGUUGGAGCGAAGCGUGGAAGUGUUGGAAUAGUUAACCAGAUGAGUUGGGAUGUGCUAUGGUUUAAGCGUGUAAAGCAUGACUCAUAUCCACAUUUAUGGCAUCUUCGAAACUCUGAUGGAAAGGCAGCAGAGGAACUAUUCGAAGAAAAUCACACAGCUCUACGAGAAGAAGCUGAGAAAGCUGAGAAACACGUGAGUGACAACUUAAUAAUUGUCUCUAUUCUUAUUGCCACAAUCAAUUUCGCAGCCCUCUUUACCAUCCCUGGAGGCUUUGAUCAAAACACCGGCAUACCUAUGCUUCUCAAAACCAAUCGGCAGGAAAUACAGUUCUUCAUGGUGUACAUUGGAUUAGCUCUUUUCUUCGCUUUUCUCUCCUUGGCAACUCUGGUGUUGAUUCAGCUAUCGCGGUUUGACACCAAUGAUUUUCAUAUUGCAAUACCAUUGAAAACCAUCAUUUCUACCUUUACAAUUAUCUACUCCACGGGCUUUUCUGCUACUGCAUUUGCCCAGGGCUAUAUUCUUGAAGGUGAACUAGGAGCAUUCAUAGCCGCUUUUCUGAUUUUUUUUGAGCUCCUUGUUUGCUUUGUGUUAGCCGUUAUUGUGAUAGAAGCAAAGUUUUUGAUAUUUGAUUACAUGUACUAUGUGAUUCGUCAUUUGUUUUGUUAUAAAAACCCUGAUAUGUAA